CCACGCCCUCCAUCUCUAUUCCCACCUAAACAAUCUUUUAAUCUUAUAACAAACACUAGGACUAUGAAAUGAAAAGUCCCAUAACCCACCAAACCAUCCACAAAUUAUCGACGCCACAAUCCUUCCUUGGCACCAACCUCCAUGGCGUCGUCUUUCUGUCCAAAACAGGCUUUAUCUUUCACCAGUUCCGCCCACCAACUCCACCAAUCCAAAGCAAUUCCACGUGACAUCCACGUGCGUUUCCCUGCUACCGGCUCUUUACCUUGUUCCAAGUGUGUGUUGAAGUCGAAAGCCACACGAUUGAAGGUGUUGGCAACUUCUGCGACGAAAGUGAUGGAUAAGUCCCCGAGUAAUGUGGAACCCACAGUUGUUGAAGUGGAUCUGGGUAAUCGGAGCUACCCCAUUUAUAUUGGGUCUGGGCUUCUUGAUCAACCUGACCUCCUUCAAAGACAUAUUCAUGGGAAGAGAGUCCUUGUAGUUACUAACACUACAGUUGCUCCUCUAUAUCUCGAUAAAACUAUACGCGCUUUGACGGAUGGAAACCCUAAUGUUACUGUAGAAAGUGUCAUUUUGCCAGAUGGUGAGCAAUUUAAAAACAUGGAAACUCUUAUGAAAGUCUUUGAUAAAGCCAUUGAAUCAAGGCUGGACCGUCGUUGUACAUUCGUCGCCCUCGGUGGUGGAGUCAUAGGUGACAUGUGUGGAUAUGCCGCCGCUUCCUACCUCCGUGGAGUUAAUUUUAUUCAGAUUCCUACCACUGUUAUGGCACAGGUAGAUUCUUCUGUUGGAGGCAAAACUGGAAUAAACCAUCCGCUUGGUAAAAAUAUGAUUGGAGCAUUCUACCAACCGCAGUGUGUGCUUGUAGACACGGAAACCUUGAAUACUUUACCAGAUAGAGAAUUAGCAUCUGGCCUUGCAGAGGUGAUAAAAUAUGGACUUAUUAGAGACGCUGAGUUUUUUGAGUGGCAAGAACAGAAUAUGCCAUUAUUAUUAGCAAGGGACCCCGCUGCGUUUACCUAUGCUAUCAAGCGUUCCUGUGAAAACAAAGCAGAUGUUGUUUCUCAAGAUGAGAAAGAAAGCGGACUGAGGGCAACUUUGAACUUGGGUCAUACCUUUGGUCAUGCAGUUGAGACUGGCUUUGGCUAUGGGCAGUGGCUUCAUGGAGAAGCAGUUGCUGCUGGCACGGUCAUGGCUGUUGACAUGUCAUGCCGCCUUGGUUGGAUUGAUGAUUCACUGGUAGAGAGGGUGCACAAGAUCUUACAACAGGCAAAGUUGCCGACUUCACCUCCAGAGACUAUGACUGUGGAAAUGUUCAAGUCUAUCAUGGCUGUUGAUAAAAAAGUGGCAGAUGGGAAGCUAAGACUGAUACUUCUAAAAGGUCCACUAGGUAACUGUGUCUUUACAGGUGAAUAUGACCAGAAGGCCCUCGACGAAACACUGCGUGCAUUUUCCAAAUCUUAAUCAAUCGUGGUUGUGACAUAGAGGUAAUUUGCUCGGUUAAAAUACAAGCGCUGGUGAUCUGCUGAAACCCUUAGUCCUCCUCUGAAAAGGUGGCUCAAGGUUGUGGGCAGUUUUCACUUGGAGGUAUGCUCAUGCCCUCCAUGAAAUACUAGAUGCCUUUUUGCUGGUUCUUACCCUUGGUUAGUGUAACACUAUCUCGAGCUUUCAAAUGUUUUGUAUACAGCAUUUGUGUGUGUAUUUUUACGCUGUCAAUUAUUCAUUAUACUUGUAGGGCCUUAUCGAUUUGGACAUUGGCUUAAUAGUGGAGCCCCAUUAACUGUUGUAUCUGCUAAUAAUAUUCAUAAUGGAUGGGUUGUCUUUUCAAUUAGUA